CUCUGCCCAUCUGAGAAGAUGAAGAGAUUCCUUUUCUUCUUCUUCUUCCUCUUAAUACAGUCUUCAGCCCAUAAUGCUGGUGAGAGAUCAUGGCUGAACUCGCAGGGAUUGGACACAGGAGGCCUGCACAGGGGCAGCUUCCCCAAGGGCUUCGUCUUCGGCACCGCGACGUCGGCUUAUCAGGUGGAGGGCAUGGCCAGCAAAGAUGGCAGAGGACCCAGCAUCUGGGACGUCUUCGUCAGGCAGCCAGGAAUUAUUGCUGGCAAUGCUACUGGAGAGGUAUCCGUGGAUCAGUACCAUCGCUACAAAGAAGAUGUGGACAUCAUGGUCGAUCUGAACAUGGACGCUUACAGAUUCUCUAUUUCCUGGUCCAGGAUCUUUCCAGAGGGAACGGGCAAAGUGAACCAAAAGGGUGUGGAUUAUUACAACAGGUUGAUCGAUUACAUGCUCGAGAAAGGGAUUACACCGUAUGCUAACCUCUACCACUAUGACCUACCGGAGGCACUGGAGCAGAAAUACAAUGGACUACUAAGCCGCAGAGUCGUGAAGGACUUUGCAGAUUAUGCGGAUUUCUGCUUUAAGACUUUCGGGGACAGAGUGAAGAACUGGAUGACUUUCAAUGAGCCAAGGGUUGUUGCUGCUCUUGGUUAUGACAAUGGCUUCUUUGCACCAGGAAGGUGCUCCCCACCAAAUGGCAACUGCUCAGCAGGAAACUCUACAACUGAACCUUACAUUGUCGCACAUAAUUUGAUUCUCUCUCAUGCUGCAGCAGUUGAAAGAUAUCGGACUAAGUAUCAGGCAGCUCAAAAGGGCAGGAUUGGUAUUCUUCUAGAUUUUGUGUGGUAUGAACCUCUCAGUAGGUCUAAGGCCGAUGCAUAUGCUGCUCAACGAGCAAGGGACUUCCACAUUGGUUGGUUCCUGCAUCCAAUUGUGUAUGGCGAAUAUCCUAGGACGAUGCAAGAUAUCGUUGCAGAACGGCUUCCCAAGUUCACAAGCAGAGAAAUAAAGAUGGUAAAAGGGUCCAUUGAUUUCCUUGGUGUUAAUCAGUAUACUGCUUACUACAUGUAUGAUCAGCAACCAACCACCCAGACACCAACAGGCUAUCAGAAUGACUGGCAUGAUGGUUUUGCUUAUGCACGCCAUGGGGAGCCAAUUGGACCGAAAGCAAACUCAUAUUGGCUGUACAUCGUGCCUUGGGGUAUCAAUAAAGCUGUUACAUACAUCAAAGAACGCUACGGAAAUCCAACCAUGAUUCUAUCUGAAAAUGGAAUGGAUCAACCCGGGAAUGUUACCCUGCCUGCUGGAUUACAUGACACUACAAGGAUAGGCUAUUACAGAAACUACCUUACUGAGCUAAAGAAAGCAAUUGACAAUGGAGCUAAUGUUGUUGGCUACUUUGCAUGGUCUCUGGUCGACAACUUUGAAUGGAGGUCAGGUUACACCGCAAGGUUCGGUUUGGUUUAUGUGGAUUAUGCAGACCUCAAGAGGCACCUGAAAAUGUCGGCUUACUGGUUCCAGAAGAUGCUUCAACGUGAUCGGAAAAACUAAGAGAUCAGCCUGAUUGCUAGAUCUGAGGCAGACCAUGAUAAGGAUCUAGCAGCACUAGUAGAACUAGCUUUAGUAUCAGUUUCUUUAGCAGCUAGACUGCAGUAGUCAGAAAAUUUCUUUCAUUUUGUUUGGUUUGUUCCCUCAGCUAA